AUGUCACACACCGUCGAUAUCCCCCAAACCAUCAAGGACUCUCUUCGCAAGUUCCGCUUUGCACGACGAAAUGCAGGGAGUGCUGCCCUUGUCAUCAAGAUCAAUAAGACCAAGCUUAUCAUGGAAGAGGCGGAUCUAUUUGACAAUAUAUCCAUCGACGAUCUCGCCGAAGAACUGCCGGAGAAUUCACCGCGAUAUGUCGUAUUGUCAUACGAAUUAAAACAUCGCGAUGGGAGAACAUCGUUCCCGCUAGUCCUCGUUAACUGGGCACCAUCUUCAAGUGAAAUUGGCAUGAUGACUCUCCACGCAAGUGCAUUCUUAGAUUUCCAGUCAACUGCAGACGUGAGCAAGGUCAUCGAGAUAAGAGAUGGGGCUGAAUCUUUGACCAAGGCGGCCAUUGAUGCUCAGCUCCUUGGAUAG